UUCACUUUUGGAAGCGGUGACAUAGCGCUUUAUUACUGUAAAUUUUAUCGAAGGCAGUUGGUUUAAAAGUUUAAACGUAGGUCAAAAUACAUAACCACGAGAUAUUUUUCUUAGCGGGAAAAGUUAUUGAAGAAACUAUGGUGAAUAAAAUAUUCUUGGCGAUAAUCUUCACAUUUUGGGCAUUAUUUUAUGCGAACGCUUUGCAACCGAAAGCACCAAAUUUUCAAUAUUUCGAAAGGCCAAAGUAUCGUUAUCCAUAUUAUGAUGAAAACGGGAACGGUAAACUUCUUUACGGAUAUGGCGACGACAAACUGUAUCAGUACAAAGUAUUUACGCCACUGGAAGGAAUCCAUUAGUACCUAAAACUCAUUAAUCCAAUUAAAUUUGGAUUUUUAGAUUUUCAUGUAUAUAAUAUAUAAACGAUAAUGUACGUAGUUACGUAGUUAGUUCUGACUCAUUUAAGCGGCCUAAUUAUAUUAUAUCUAGAAUCGCGUGCCCAGUGCAAAUUUAUUUAAUAUUUGUUGUUAAAAUAUUUUUUACAAUAUAAAGUGUUUCAAUAAUUUUUACGUGUCUUAAAAUUAACAAUUUAGACGUGGUUUUUAUUCAAGCGACACUUAUUGCAGGAAAAAAUGUUAAUGUACUUAGGAAUUAAAAUUUGGAGUGAUUUCGUUAUUUUGUUGGUAUUUUUUUAAAAAAUAGUUCGCGAUUUGACAUCAGUGCUUUUAGCGUUUCAUCCGAUCAACAUUAAACGAAAAGCUUACCGAUUAAAUAUUAAAUAACAGAACUCUAGCAAUAAUAUGAUUGCAACUUCCUGACAAACGAGUUUAAUUGCGAGCAAAGCGAUUUACUGAUACUCAGCCUUCUGCAAUAUUUAAUAUUUCUUUCAUAGAGAGCGCUUUUAAUUUUUGCUAGUUUGAAGGUACAAUGCGAAAGUGUCCUGAGAUAUUGUUUUGGGGCUAUUUUCUACAAAUCACGCACUACCAAAACCGUUAACGGUGCCACGAAUAAUGCUAACCUGCUGCAGAUUCAGGUAGAAUGAGCAGGCUAAAGGAGCAAAGGUAAUAGCAUACUGAAUUGCAGAAUUAAUUGGCACUAAUAUUCAUUUCUCGAAAUAAUGGGAGCAGUUCAAAAAGGGCAAUGUCUAGUUCAUUUGACAAUAACCAUCGGAUCGCAAUAAGUGGCGUAAAGACCAAUAAAGCCUAUCUUAACUCUCCCGAACUAGGACCGUUAAUCUGUAGACACAGAAAAGUACUUUCGAAAUAAACAUUUAAAAAAUGGUGGGAUUGCAUGUUUAACAAAAUAUGCCCAGAUCCGAUUAAAUUUUCUGCGAUAAAACGAGUUCAGUAAGUGCACAAAUGGCGCAAAAUGCUGCUAAGUGCAUCAGAUUUAUGUGACUCCUUAGACAAAAAUAUCAGUACCCUGAGCUGUAAUAUUCUAAUUUAAAGCUUCUAUAUUAUCUAUAAUCUAUAUAUCUAUAUAUUUUUCGCAUAUAAUUACUAGAUAUAGAUAAAUAUUCUUGUAAUAAUUGUUGUUAAAGUUCUGGCAAU